AUGUGGGAUAGUAGAACAUGGGCAGGCACAAAUGGGGAUGAGGGGAACUACUCAAUUACUUACAAGUUUGAAUCAAUACAAAACUCUUUCUCAUGGUUCUUUACUGUAUACGGUCCACAUAGCAGAAGUGAGAAAUUAGAGUGUUGGGAGGAAAUGACAGCAAUGAAGGAACUGAGUGAAGGCCCUUGGGUCACCAGCGGGGACUUCAACACAGUCAGACACAUUGAAGAAAGAAGAGGGUGCACUAGAGUCACCAAUAUCAUGACUGAUUUGUCCAAGUGGAUUGAAGACUUGGAAGUAUAUGAUCCAGAACUAUUUGGGGGGAAAUACACUUGGUUCAGAGGAUCCAAUCACCAAAGUGCUGCAAGACUUGACAGAUUCCUAUACUCCAUGGAGUGGGAGGAGUGUUUCAAAAAUAUCAAAUUGAGCAUCCUUCCCAGAACAUUCUCUGAUCACAUCCCAUUCUAA